AUGAAAUUCACCACAUCUCUGUUCGCCGCCCUGGCUGUGGCUUCAACCUUCGUCGGCAGCGCGCUCUCUGCGUCCACUGUCCCUGGAUGCUACGCUGAAUGCCUCGAGAAAGCCGCUACCGCUAUCGGCUGCGCCGCGGACGAUAUCGAGUGCAUUAAAGCUUCUUCGCAGUUUACUACAAUUGUCGGCGAAUGCGUCGCUACCAGCGGCUGCACCGCGCUUGCUCCUGGGUCAGCUGCCGACGCAGACUCCAUCACCGCGACCUUCAACUUGCUCUCCGGUCUUGGCCUCGUCGACGCUGCCGACGCAGACUUCUCCGCAGCUGACAUCCUCGAGGAACGCGACCUCACCGGUUUGAGUCGCGUCUUGCCCGUCGAGAAACGCCAGAGCUGCCCUACCCGUCGUGGUCUCUGCUUCACCUCUGGCUUAGCGGCCUGCCGUGCCCAUUGCCGUGGAUGUCACCUCGGAAGUAACGGAAGGGACUGUGUUAGGUGCCCUAAUGGUGCUCAAUGCACGGGUGUCAUUGGCCAGACCUGUACCUGCUUGAAUCCGUGCCCUCCCGAAGGCGAGAUUGCUACCUUUGAUGUGUUAUAUAUACCUGAACUCUGGUCUGCCUUUAUGCUCUCAUUUCAACCAUAUCACCAAAUUGCAAUUAUUCGAAAGGCCGAGUUGAAGCCACUGAUCGGCAACGAUCCUGUCGCUUUCAAUCCUAACACAGUCAAACACGCAAGAUCUUGCCCCAAUGCAGUCCCAAUGAGCUUGGAUGAGCCAACGAACGAGGUACACGAGGAACCCCUUGUUCAAGGCCCAGCAAGACGGUUCGAUGAAUGGCCGAGAGAGGUGGCUUGUGAGCUCAUCGUAUUGGAUCGUUUGGUACCCAUGGUGUCCUUGUUCGGCGUGGAAGAAGCUCAAGAAGGUGUUCGAUUCCUCUUCGUGAAAGGGCUAGGCGCAACGAGUCCUUUCCCUGACCUCACAGUUGACGAAAUUACGAGUAUCAUAGUGGCGCAGAAGUUGUUAUUUAGGAAUGUGAAUGGCUUCAACGGUUUUCGGCUCUUCGAACUCAAGACUGGCGGAAGUCCUGACAGUCAUUCUUCCGUAGAAGGCUCUAUAUAUAGGCGCAUUCUUCAAUAUCUGUUGUCCACUCUCACUAUGAAACUUUCUACUUCUUUGCUCGCUAUCGUCGCUGUGGCGUCUACCUUCAUUGGGAACGCCCUCUCAGCCACCACCGUCCCCGGAUGCUUCGCUGAGUGCAUUGACAAGGCUGCCGUAGCCGUCAAUUGCGCCGCGGGGGAUAUCGACUGCCUCCAGGCUUCCUCGCAGUUCGCUACUAUCGUUAGUGAAUGCGUCGCUACCAGCGACUGCACUGCACUUUCUCCUGGCUCGGCUUCUGACGCGGACUCCAUCAACAAGACCUUCAACAUUCUCUCGGGUCUUGGUUUCAUUGACGAAGCCGACGCCUUCAGCGCCGCCGAUGUUCCCGAAGAGCGCGAUCUCACUGGGUUGGGCCGUGUUUUGCCCGUUGAAAAGCGCCAGAACUGCCCUACCCGUCGUGGUUUGUGUGUCACCUCAGGCUUGACGGCGUGUCGAAACCACUGUCGCUCAUGCCACCGGGGAGAUCUAUACAUGAAGCCCAAAGGCUAA